CUUUUUCCGCGAUUGACCUGUCAAUCCAUCCUAGCCCCAUGUUACAGCGGGCACAUCGUUCCGUCGAUUCGGGUCAGACUUCAGAUCAUCCUCACUCCAGUAUCCACUACUGAGCCCAGAGGAGAUCCGGAAAUGGGCUAGUCGCAGCACUAAAGCAGAUGCAUCUCGGCCUUGGCCGUCAAUUCCGAGCACAAUUCGUCAAACUCAUGGGCCUGUUGACGAUCUUAGUUUCAGCUCCACCCCGUCACAAACUCCCCCUGCCCGCCCCCCUUUCGAGAAACGUGCAUCUCGGAUCCUGGACGGUCCAUUGGUCGACUGCACAGGAUGGUGAAAUGAAUCGUCAUUGGACUGCUAUACGAGUCAUCCAAUCACUGUCCUGGGAUGGCACAAGACAGUACUUCCGGAACCCGGACAUGGGAUGGUCAAUCCUUUUGGGCCCAAUGUGGACGCCGACGAACCUGCAGCGGUGGGUUGAUUGAGUGUCCAUGAUUACGCUCAGAGCCGCACAGGCUCUGUGAUCCGUAUUGGUCUUUCAGACUAAGGAUCCGUCCGUUACGAUAGGGGUCACAUGCUCAUCUGGAUUCUUCUGGCGGGGCCCGACCAGAAUCGUUGUCUUGUGCAAAUUGAUAAGAUGCAG